CAGGAAGGCACGAAAAGUCCGGACGCUAAAGAACUACGUCAUAAUUGUCAGCAACGUCAACCCUCACUAUAACAAUUUCAUAUUUGUCAAACUUACCUUAGUUACAUAACUUUGAUAUGAUUUGAUUUGAUGUUUCAUGUAAAUAACCACUUGUAUACUUUGUUUUAUAAAAUGCCAUAUCCUUCAUCUAGGUAAUUGUUCAAUAAUAUGCUUCGCAGAGGCGGUUCGACGAUAUUUAAUCUCAUUUCCGCAAGUGCUUUUCAGAAACGAAAUAUGAGUUCGCAGCCUGCGGGACCCAUUUUCUUCGGGUCAUUUGAAGUCACAUCUCAGGUCUUUCUCACAACACCCCAUUCCUUCGCCCUCGUAAAUCUAAAACCGCUUCUCCCAGGACAUGUCCUGAUCUGUCCACGGCAGCCACACAAACGCCUAACGGACCUCGCCGCCCCAGAGCUGACAGACCUAUUUCAAGCGGUGCAGAGGGUGCAGCACAUGCUCGCGCGGCACUACUUCUCAUCUACAUCGCCGUCAGAGGAUACACCCGAAGCCGGCUCCUUCAACAUCGCAAUCCAAGAUGGCGUUGAAGCCGGACAGACUGUCCCGCAUGUUCACGUACAUGUCAUCCCACGGAUCCGGGGUGCUACCGCGAAAGAGGGAGAUGGACCUGGUGACCGGAUCUACAAGAUGAUGGCCGCGGAGGAGGGUAAUGUUGGCGGGGCCUUAUGGGAUCGAGAAUUAAAAAACUUCCGGCCGCAGUUUGGUGAUCGGCCGGAGGCGGGCGGCGAGUUCGAAAGUAUCGAGGAUUCGGAGCGGCACGCGCGAUCAGCGGAGGAGAUGGUGGCCGAGGCGAAUAUGUUUCGUGGCGUUUUGGAGCAGAUGGAAGAGGUGGAAGGCAAGUCCGAGAAAUGACUUUAAUAAGCAAUACCUACCCCUUUAAUAUACUUGAAUGUACAAAGGCCUGGGUCAAAAGCUUCUCAAAUAGACUACGCUCCUUACCCAGUGCGUAAUCAAAUAAGCAAUCGCCGAA